GAAUCCGCCGCUCGCUCCGCAGCCCCGGGGCGGGAGAGUCGCCCGCCUACCCUGCAGCCAUCUCCUGGUCGGCUUCGAGGGGUAAGUUUGCCCCCGGCAGGCAGAGCACGGAGGGAAGGGGACGGAUCUCGCGGCCAGCCCAGAGAGCUGGAGUGGAAACAGGUUGUUUGCAUCUCAGCGUGGGAGGAAGGGGCGGCUCUGGCUGCCAGCGAGCCCAAUGCGGGCUCUGGGAAUGGGGAUGGAGCUGCCGCUUCUCCACCCAGUGAUGUGCUGAAGGAAACGGACAGAGAAUUUCUGCAGGAAGGUUUGCUCCCAGAUCGCGUCUUCCCGGGAAGCCAAAGCGCUCCCCGAGCUUCUGAAGUUCCAGCAGUUGCUAGCUUGGCUUGGGGUUAACCACAGCAAGGUUCGUCUGCACGAGUCCCAGCUUGUUUUUUGCUCCUCUGCAUGCGCACGGUCAGGAAAAGUGCCCCUGAAUACUGAAAAGUCUCUUUGGAAACCCGGGAGAGCUCAGAAAAAACCACGGUGGAGAGUUGUGGUGUUUUGGAUAUAUUUCACACAGAGUACUGCUGCCUCUGCUCGAGAAAUUCAUAUGGCUUGAAGGGUGGAGCUGGGACCUGGCAAGUUCACCUUCAUGGAUCCCCUGAAUCUAUCCUGGUACAACAGUGGGGACAGGAACUGGAGCAAGCCUCUCAAUGAGUCCAGUGCAGACCAGAAGCCUCAGUAUAACUACUAUGCUGUGCUGCUCACCCUCCUCAUCUUUGUCAUUGUGUUCGGCAACGUGCUGGUCUGCAUGGCUGUGUCCAGGGAGAAAGCCCUGCAGACCACCACCAAUUACCUGAUCGUCAGCCUGGCGGUGGCGGAUCUCCUGGUGGCCACUCUGGUCAUGCCCUGGGUGGUCUAUCUGGAGGUGGUUGGGGAGUGGAGGUUCAGUCGGAUCCACUGUGAUAUCUUCGUCACCCUCGAUGUCAUGAUGUGCACUGCCAGUAUCCUCAACCUCUGUGCCAUCAGCAUUGACAGGUACACAGCCGUAGCGAUGCCAAUGCUGUACAACACCCGCUACAGCUCCAAGCGCCGGGUCACCGUCAUGAUCGCCGUGGUCUGGGUGCUCUCGUUUGCCAUCUCCAGCCCAAUCCUGUUUGGCCUCAACAAGGCAGAUGAGAAGGAGUGCAUCAUUGCCAAUCCUGCCUUCGUCGUGUAUUCCUCCGUUGUCUCCUUCUAUGUCCCCUUCAUCGUCACCCUGCUGGUGUACGUGCAGAUCUACAUCGUGCUCCGCAAGCGCAGGAAGCGCGUCACCACCAAGCGCAGCAGCCACGUCCUGGACUCGGACACGCAGGCGCCUCUGAAGGACAAAUGCACUCAUCCAGAAGACGUGAAGCUCUGCACAGUUAUUGUGAAGUCCAAUGGGAGUUUCCAAGUUAAUAAGCGCAAAGUGGAGGCGGAAAGUCACAUAGAGAUGGAAAUGGAGAUGGUGUCCAGUACCAGUCCCCCUGAGAGAACACUUGCCAAGCCAGCAGCACCAAGCAACCACCAGCUGGUUGUCCCCAUUGCCUCUAGACGGUGCACCUUGGACAGCCCUGGGAAAGUAGAGAAGAAUGGACAUGCCAAAGAAAACCUACACACAGCCAAGGUCUUUGAGAUCCAGUCCAUGCCUAAUGGCAAGACGAGGAGCACUCUUCUCAAGGCUAUGAACAGGAGGAAACUCUCACAACAGAAGGAGAAGAAAGCCACCCAGAUGCUAGCCAUCGUACUUGGUGUUUUCAUCAUCUGCUGGCUCCCGUUCUUCAUCACUCACAUCUUGAACAUGCACUGCGAUUGCAACAUCCCCCCAGCAAUGUACAGCGCCUUUACGUGGCUUGGAUAUGUCAACAGUGCUGUCAAUCCAAUUAUUUACACCACCUUCAAUAUUGAAUUUCGCAAGGCUUUCAUGAAGAUCCUCCACUGUUAAAAGUAAAAACAUUAACCGCAUUUUUACGAAUGAGAAAAAGAAACCAACGCCGUUCACGCGCACAAACAGGCAGCCAUGGAGAGGUCUCGAGCUCUUGCGCUGGGCAUGAGGAGCGCAGUGCCACGGAGUGCCGUGCCCACACGCCUCUUGGCAGGGACAUCACGAGGAUCUCCAUACUGAGGUUCUCCCACUCCUUUGGGCUCCCGGAUAUCCAUCCCAGGGGCACUUCUAAGAGCUACCCUCACACUGUGUUUGAAGUGGAAGCAAAAAUCGAGACACACUCGCUUGAUUCUUGCCUGUGGCCAUCUAACCUUGAGUGCAUUAAACACAGACACUCGCAGAGCCGCGUGCAGGCAGUGAUGAGUCACUGCUGCUGGCUCGCGCAUGGAGUCACCGAUACGAUUCUCACCAAAGACAAGAGCAUCUUUUCCGCUUUGCAAUAGGAGCCAGACAGAGCUUGCAGAAACUCCAUACAAUAUCUUUGCCUUCACCUCCAGCUGACUUACCCAGUAUCAAACUGCUGCAGCCCUGAGGGAAAACACACAUACAAAUUUAAGACGUUCCCAGGUGGGUUAAGAAGGCACUGCCACCUAUGGAUCCAAACCCUGCAACAAGCAAUGGGCAGAAGGAGGAGCAGGAGCAUGAGUCUCAUGCAGGACCACUACAUCAAUGUAAAUACGAGUAAAUAGGAUGAAUUGAACAGAAGUCCAAGCCAAAAAAUAAAAGGAGAGAAAUUAAAGAAGUGAUACUUUGUACUGCACAGUGUGCACUCGGAUCAAACAAGACGCCAACCAUCACUGAUUGUCAGCCAGCCCAGCAGCAAUUUCUACCCACCAGCAUCUCAUCUCCAGACUCUCAAGAAGUAAAAGCCAGGUGAGGAGUGAUAGCAUGAUGAAUGUAGAGACAUGAAGACUGUGACAGGAGAGACUGUGCAUCUGGGGCCACAUCCAUUUCAGAUGUGAACUUGGACAGGACAAGUUAGGUCCAGAUCUUCCCACCUAACUUUAAGGCACCAUAAAGCCAAGGAUGACCUCGGAUAUGAUUUACCUAUGUUUCUCACAGACAGUGUGUAAAGUAACGUCGUGCCUAAUUUAAAUUAGCAGCAAAUGAGAUAAAGACUGUGCAUUUUGGAAAAAAAGCCAGAAUAAAAGCCCAAGGAAGUCCCUAGCUAGACCUGCUCUGUGUCCAGGUGGGACUCUGGAUGGGUCCAGAUGUUUCCAGCAUCUUUUACCCUCUGCUGUGUUUCAUAGUUUAAAACAAAUGGAAAUCCAUAACAGCAUAAUGUCACCACGCUGACUCUGGCAUUGCCAAAUCUAACUCUAUGCUUAUCGUACUCAGUUCACAAUAUAUUUUAUAGUAUCUCUGUAAAUAAAAUACAGUAAGAUGAAUAAAUUGACAUGGAAAUAGGUCUGGCUAGAAACUGAUGUAGGCUCUGGAGAGCUUGAUGAUGACAAUAGCCAUAUGCAGAGGCAGGCUCCCUCAUUCCAAUCACCUCCUGUUUCCCAGAGAAGUUAAAACAAUCCAGAGAGCAAUAUAAUCCCCUUUUUCUCUAUGCAGUUUGUGGAAUAUCCACGCAGUUUCCGCUUUAGAUCAGACAAAGACCGCUGCCAAGCAGCGCUUCUUUUAUUAUCUGUUUUUCCUGUAUUGCUAACAAAGUGUUUUCCCAUGGGAUGGGCUGCGCAGGCUGUAUGUGUUCCAGCUGUACAUCAAGGAGAGACUGCGUCAGGCAGCUGUAAUGCAUGCUCUCAGUUGUCUUCUGAAACCAAGGCAGGAGUCCCACCUUUAUCCGAAGCCUUCCCACCUAAUCCUCUGUUCCUGGAAGAAGCUGAUAACCAGUGUUAUUAGUAUUUUGCCCAUGGGCUUUUAUAACAUUUGAACGUGGCUCUUCGAAGUCUGGUCACAGCUAUAAAUUUAAAUUACAGAUGCCUGAAUGUGUAACUCGAGGUCUCAGGCACAGGAGUCAGAAAAGUUUCAACCAGGUAUGUGCACACAGUGGUGGGAAUCAAUUCAGACUGUUCUUAAUGGAAAGAUUCAAAGAAUCAUUGAAUGAGAAAAAAAACACUGAUAAGCCCAUGCUUAUUUUUCUAUCACAUUUACAACAGCAGAAAUGUGCCAUUUGACUCUGUGAACUGCCAGGUGAGGAGAUGAAUCGAAACAGAAAAUAAUAUGCAUGUACACAAAAACGAAAACAAUUAAAGCAUUUGGAAGUUGC